AUGGAGCCCUAUCCUAAAACACCCCAAUGUGAGUAUGGACCAGGCUGCGCCGAGGAAAAUAUCAACUCCAGCCCUACUGGGCGCUUCGCUGUUGAUGAACCAAUGAGGAAGAGCAUCGCGCCUGAUCUCGUUCAUGUCGAGGCCCACAAAUACAAUGGGGGAGUUAAAGACGGUGGAAGGCAAUUGGAAACUGAUGGAACCGCUGAUGCUUCAUCGGGAGGCAGUGAUAAUCUUUUGGCGGAGAUAGAGAGUAGUAGCGGGCCUCUCAAAGCAGUUCAUGACCUCGAAGAGGCACUCUGGCUAGUCCAGGAGGAGCUCGCCGAAGAACAAAGGUUGCGCGCGGAAGAAAGGAAGCACUACGCAAUCUUCCAGGACGAGUACCUUCGCCUCCAAGAGGAAAGCUCAAUCAACAGCAAGCGAAUUACUGCUGCUGAGGUAUCUGCUCAAGCCGCGCGCUCUCUAGCAAUUGAUGCAGUCGAGGACAAGGAAUAUUUUGCGAGGCUGCUAUAUCAAACACAGACACAGCUUCACUGCCUGACCGCCGUCGUCGAAGAUAUGAUGCCUCGACUCAAGACAAAGCUCAGUGAAGUCAUUGAACAGGGAAACACAAUUGUUGCUUUGCUUGCUAGCCGUUGGCCAGAAGCAGGACUGAGGAAACAGAUCGAAGCUCUCGGCAUAGCAGAGCAGCCACUGUCACGUUGGGCUCUCUUCCAUGCUUUGAAGACGAAGGAAAUCCCGUUUUCAGGGUCAGCAACUCAGGGCGUCUUGGAUGUGUGCAUGUCGUGCCCUUCCUCGUUUCAAGAAUUGAAGCCAACUGAGAACUUCCUGGAGAGCGCUGUAUCGAAAUCUCCAAGAACGGCAAGAAGGGUGACUUCCACGUUGUGCAGUGUUGAGGAGACAGCGGAAACAAUCGAAGAAAUACAGAAAUGCAGAGACCAAGUAGAAAGUGUGAAUGAGACGGAAGGGCAGGGCCGCACGUCUAAACUGAGGAUAGGAACUGUAGAUGAUGCAACGCACUUGCUGCCCCUUCAUUUGCGUCGCCAGAUAGGAGGGCUCCCGCCAAGCAGAAUGAGCUCUGUAAACAGUGCGGCGCUUGAGAAACGAGGAGACAGUAAGCGGCAUGCUGAGGCCACCAGCAUCUCCAGGGAUGGGAGCAAGCUCGUCUCCCGGCCAUCGUCAGUUGCAACGCGUUCACGAGGCCAAACUGCUGCUGACCGUAGAAUGAAACCGUCUGACUCCACAGGGCAGGUAACGCCAAGCGGCGCGCGGCACGCUCUUCCUCCCCUUCCUGUCGGAAAAAUCGUUUUACACGGAACAUCAGGAUUGGCAUCUCGAGAUUCCCACCGGACACACCGGGUUCAGACUGCCUUCACAAAGAACAGUGCGCGCGGCGAGACGUCGUCCUGUAAGAAAGAGAGCUCAGCGGCUGCCCCCCUUGCAUCCUCACGGAGAUACAUUGCGCGGCAGACAAGGCAGUGCAAGGAAGAUCAUGGACUGAAGCCUCACGACACCGAGGACUAUACCUCCAGCCCGGCAUCUCUCAGCUUGAACUCACGGCGUUCUGUCACGCAGAGAAGAACCUCGUUGGACCGCGGAGGAGCAUCAGUCCAUCUACACACAUCGGGCAACCUGCGUGCCACACAGCCGCCUUCCCUUACGGGGUCUCUUCCAAACAGCGGUCUUCCCAGCCGUAUGACUUGCGGAACUGUGCUGCCCACCUGUAAGGAGUUUACUCGUAGGCUUCCUGUAUCCAGUUCUGCAAAGGAGAGGAAAGAACAAAAGCGUGACGCAAGGCUCUUCCAAGACCUGACACUGCUUGCGCCGAAAGAAGCAAGCGUGUUAUCCCAAGCUCAAAGCGAUGCCGACAUCCCAGACGGCCUGCAGUUGCAAACGUCGACUUCACCUUCAUCCUUGCCGGUCUUACACCGGCAAUCAAUUGCCCACGAUGAGGAGCUGGGCCCCAUGUCAGAUAGUUCCGCAGGCAUAGUUGCUCCACUUGUUGCUGUCGGAAGGAACGAAAACCUGGAAGGUGUCUCAGGCAGUGGCAAAAUCCCACAACGGACAGAUAUAACCACACCCGCGGAUCGCCAACAUCUGGGGUCCAGUGGAGCACGUGUUCUAUGUAUUACAACACAGGGACGCGAGCCAAAAGGCCUCACACAAGGAUCUUCUGGAAGCGAGCCAAAAGGCUCUACACAGGGGUCUACUGGAGGCGAACCAAAAGACCGUACACAAGGAUCUUGUGGAGGGGAGCCUAAAGACAGUACCAACCAUGCAGAAGCAGCUGCUCCACAAAAUCACAACAAUGAGAUCCGUCAGAAGCCAGCGCUUCCCUCCCACGAUCCAGGCAACUGGAAUAUGAAUGUAACCCCCCACUUCCAAGGGACGAAUGGAGGGGAUCGUCAACCUGUGGCUAGUCUGAGGUGUCAGAUUGACUCGAGCAAAGGAGGUGCUAGCAGGGAUACGUCUGCAAGGCCCACACAAGCAGAGCAGCAUAGGCACAUGCACCAGCCACAGCUGCGCCCGUCGGCUGCGCCCCAUAUUCAGGGAUCAUCACUGGAUUUGUCCAGACAACAGGGAGUGGAUGUUGUUAGGGGCGUAUGCAAUGCUCCGCACUUCAUACCUUGUGGCGUGACUCGAGGCACGCUUCCGUUGCAGCCACAGCAGUUUGAAGUCCGUGCGGCACAGCAGCCAGACAGGCAAUGGCUACCUGGGAUUCGCUAUGAAAUGCCACGACGCUCUUCGCUCCCAGAGAGCGGUUCACAGGGCUUGCUGAUAUACGGAAACAACAUGUUCGUACAGCAUCAGCAGGCGGUCGUGGGUCAAGAAUUCCGUGGUGGCUUGCCGUGGCCAAUCCCAAAGAUGGUACAGCGGCCGGUAUUCGCACCCAGGAAUCCCAUUUCGCAGAGCUUCCAGCAGCCGACAAGCUUUCAGCAGCACUGUGUUUCAAUUCCUCAGCAGUAUCUGCAGAGCCAGCCACACCAGCUCCAGCGUGUUAUUCCAAACCAGCAGCAGGCACCGCUGGCGAACAUGCACUACAAAACGCGAAACAUCGGAUCAGACUUCAUUACGGGACAACAGCAGCAUAUGGGAAUCCCUAUGCCGGGUGAAUGGAGAAGCAAGUGA